AUGGGUGAUGUUGAGAAGGGCAAGAAGAUUUUUGUUCAGAAGUGCGCCCAGUGCCGUACUGUGGAAAAGGGAGGCAAGCACAAGACCGGGCCAAACCUCCAUGGUCUCUUUGGGCGAAAGACAGGUCAGGCCCCUGGAUUUUCUUACCCGGAUGCCAACAAGAACAAAGGUAUCACCUGGGGCGAGGCUACUCUGAUGGAGUAUUUGGAGAAUCCCAAGAAGUACAUCCCCGGGACCAAAAUGAUCUUCGCCGGCAUGAAGAAGAGUGCAGAGCGGGCAGACUUGAUAGCUUAUCUCAAAAAAGCUGCUAAUGAGUAA